AUGUACAUAACUGAAAAUGGGAGAGAUGAAGCUAUUAUUAGCGGUAAAAUUUUACUUAAAGAUAGUGAUAGGAUCGAUUACUACGCUCGGCAUCUUGAGAUGGUUCGGGAAGCUGUGUCUGUUGGGGCCAAUGUGAAGGGCUUUUUUGUGUGGUCGUUGCUGGAUAACUUUGAGUUGUCCAGUGGUUACACGGUCCGGUCCGGAUUGGUUUAUGUGGAUUACAACGAUGGUGGUAAGAGAUAUCUCAAGAAAUUGGCUCACUGCUUCAGAAAGUUCUUGCAUCAUAAGAUAAACAAUUGA